UUCGUUGCUACGGCAACGGGGGCCUUCCAUGAGGACGGCGCGCAAUAUGGCGGCGCCCAUGGCGAGCGCGGCGUCGGCGCCGGGACAGGGUUGAGCUCGGGGGACCCGGAGCCGGCACCGGGCAGGGGCAGCUUGGGAUCGCCCGGCAAUGGCGGACGGGCUGGGACGCGCCACGGCUGCCAAGGCCCGGAGCAGGAUACCAGAUCCCAUCGAGGACGUGCUCGGGGAGCUCCUGGGGUUCGAUGAGGAGCCCCCGGCUCCCCCUUGGCGAGGUUCCCGGGCCCCCUUCCCGCAGGUCAGCCCCAGGGAGAGCCUGGAUCCGGAUUCCGGAGGCAAAUUCCCAGCGGGGAACGAGAAAUUCCCAACGGAGAAUGGAGAAGGGGCGAAGGAGCUGGAUCACCUGGAUGAGCUGGAUGAGCUGGAUGCGGAAAUCCUGGGAAUGGCCAGAGUCGGGUCCAGGCUGGGGAAACACGCUGGGAAGGGGCCAGGUCCUGGAAGAGGGGCGUUCCCAGAUCCGGGGGACCCCCUGGAAAAGCCGUACCCGGAGGAGCCGGCGGGGCCUGGGAACAGCUCCGGGAACAAAGCGGGACGGAGCAGGGACAGCGCCCCACCACGUCCUGAUCUCACCUUUGGGGACGAUGUCGAUGACCUGGUGGAUUCCCUGGGGCUCGGGAGCGGUGCCGACGGAGCCAGGAACGCGCAGGAAACACCAGGAGGCCAGGGGCUCCGGAAGGGCCACACCGGGAUCCAGGAGCUGCUGGGAAAAACCCCAGAGCAGCCGGGAAAAGCGGAAUUGCAGCCGGAUCCCAAGGAGCAGGAGCAGACGGGGCUGGGCAGGUGCCGAGAGGAGCCAGAUUUUCCCUUCGGGUUCUACGAGCCCUCGGUGGCCUCAGGGACUGGGCAGAGACGGGGACGGAGGUGUCUGGUUGGGAGCAGCUCCCGACGUCCCUCUGGGGCCACCUGGCUGGGGCUGAAGGAUGAGGAUUUCCCAGGAUUGGGAUCGAAGGAUGAGGAUUUCCUGGGAUUGGGACAGAAAGACAAAGAUUUCCCAGGACUGGGACAGAAGAACAAGGAUUUCCCAGGAUUAGGACAGAAGAACAAGGAUUUCCCGGGACUGGAACAAAAGAACGAGGAUCUCCCAGGGUCAGGGCCCGAUCCCCCGGGACAGGAGGAUGGGAGCUGGCUCAGCGCUGCCCUGGCACGGAAACAAUCCCAGGCUGAGGCUCCAGAGCGGAGUUCCCACACCCAGAGGGUCCCGGAGCCCCCCGAGCCCAGCAGGCUGGAUCUCCCCAUCAGGACACAGCCCCGUGGGCAGGUGGCAGCAGCAGUGCAGGAGGUGCCGGGUCCUGCCACGCCCGCUCAGGAGGAUCUGCUGCCAGCCCAGCCCUGCUUGGAGAAUCCCCGAGCUCUCCCGUCCUGGCUCUGCCCAGAGCAUCCAGGAGCUUUCCCAGCCCAGAAGCGCCAGGAGGAUCUGGAAACAUCCCAGCCCCACCAGGAGGAUCCAGGGGCUCUCCCCUCCCAGCCCCACCAGGAUUCCCAAACUCUCCAGUCCCAUCCGUGCCAAGAGCAUCCAGGCUGUGGGAUCACCCUGCGCAGCCUCCAGGCCCGGGUGGAGGAGCUGGAAAACCAGGUGCGGACUCUGGAGCUGGAGCGGGCGCAGCGGGGAGCGGUCCUGGAGAGCUCCUACAGGAGUCAGGGAAAGGUGGAGAAACAGCAGGAGAGACCACAGCGGGAAAAGGAGCAAAUCCCAUCCCGGAGCCAGGGCACGGCACAGGAUCACCCCGGAUCCCAGGAGCGGGAUGAGCAGCUCACAGCGCUCCAGGACAGGCUGUGCCGGCAGCAGCGGGAUGCAGAGCGGGAGCAGAGCCGGCUCCAGGAGGUUGUGGCUGACUUGGAGACCAGGCUGGGAGAGCGGGAGCAGCUCCUGGAGCAGGUGAGGCCCUACCCCAGAGCUGUGCCCGUGUCCGUGCCCGGCCUCCUGCCGAGCUGCCCCGUGUGGCUGCAGGAGCGCCGCAGGGCCGCGGCCGAGCGCUCCAGGGCGGAUUCGCUGCGGGACGCGCUGGAGGAGCAGCGCCGGCUCUCGGCACAGCUGCUGGCCAUGGAGAGGGUGGCGCUGGACGAGGCCAAGGGCACGUGGCUGGAGGAGCAGCGCGCAGAGCUCCAGGAUCGCUCCGAGGAGCGGCGGCGGCUGGCGGCCGCCUGGGCCGAGUUCCACACCCGGGAGCGGCUGAGCCGGGAGCGGGCGGAGCAGGACAAGGAGCGGGCCCUGGGCAUGGAGUCUGCUCUGAGGAGCCUGGCCAAGGAGCAGGCAGAGCUGAAGUUCCGGGGCCGGGAGCUGAGAUCCAAGGAGGAGCAGCUGGCGAGGGACAGGGAGGAGCUGGACGAGGCCCAGCGGGAGCUGAGGCUGGAAAAGGAGAAGGUUCUCCGGGCCGAGCAGCGCCUGCGGGAGCGGGAAGAGCAGAUCCAUGCCCUGGCUGAGCGCUCGGAGCAGCAGCACCAGGACGGGGAGCGGGCGCUGCGGGAGGCACGGAGCGUCCAGGCCGAGCAGCGGGAGCGGCUGCAGGCCCUGCGGGAGCAGCGGGAGCAGCUGAGGCAGCAGGAGCAGCGUCUGCACCAGGACCGGCUGAGCCUGGAGCGGCAGAGGGAGCAGCUCCAGCGGCUCCGGGAUGAGCUGUCCCCUGCUCCAGGGACGCUGCUGGGGACAGUCCCCAUCAAUGGGCUGGCUCCGGUGGCUCCUGGGCUCCUGCCUCCCGUGGGGAUGUUCCUGGGGGACAGCAGGGACCACCCAGGCUCGGCUGCACUCUAUGGACACCUCCUGCUGCUCAAGCACCGUGCCCAGAUGGGCUCUGUGACUGUCCCAGUACAGAACCGGGGCUGCUCUGUGACAUCAGCCCCAGGCAGGGCUCGGGGGGCUCCGGAGGGGACACGCUGGGCUCUGGCCGCUGUCACGGUGUCCCCAGCAUGGCUCCGCUGUGGCUGCUUGUCCUGCUGGCCCUGGCUGCGCCCUCCUGGGGCACCUGGGACACCUGCGACGGCACCUGCGGGCUCCGCCCCAUGGCCGAGGAGUUCGGGAACGGCGCCGGGGCCGUGCCCGGGGCUUGGCCGGGGCUCACCAGCAUCCAGGACCCGCGCAGGGCCGGCAGCGGCCACGUUUGCGGUGGGACCCUCAUCAGCCCCGCGUGGGUUCUCACCGCCGCCCGCUGCUUCCUCCACACCAGGAAUGUCAGCACGUGGCGCGUGGUCCUGGGGGCCUCAGACCUGAGCGACCCCGGCCCCGAGGCGCAGGUGCGGCAGGUGCGGCGGCUGCGGAAGCACCGGGAGCUGGACGUGGCCCUGCUGGAGCUGGAGCGGCCCGUGGAGUGC